AUGGCUUCAAAAAUCGAUAUCGAUUAUCCUAUAAGACGACGUCGUUUAUUAAUUUCAAAAUACAUUGCUACUUUACCUCCUCCUUCAAAAUCUAUUCUUAUUCAAAAUAAAAUUGCUUUACCUUCUCCUAUGUUUAACCCUAUCUUUGAUUAUUCUACUUUUAUUCGUUAUUUAAAUUUAGAUGCUUUAAAGUUGGCAAUUAAAUCUUGGAUUUAUGAUUCAAGUUCUCCUAAAGAAUUUCAUGGUGUCGUUUGUCCUCAAAUCACUAUUGUCGCUAAAGAAUUAAUUAAAUAUUUUCUUUUAAAAUCCCCUUCGGUUCUUAGUAUAGAAGCAAAAUAUGGUAACGAUCUCCUUGAAAUCCUUCUCGAAAUUUUGAAUUCUAUCCCUGAAACAAAAUCUAAACUCGUCGAUUUAAGAGAAUUGAUCUGUCAUGGUGCUUUAAAGGUCAUCCCUACUUUCUUCUCCCAAAUCUCUCGUAUUAGUAGAGUUAUUCAACGUUUAAUAAUUGAUCCUUAUCAAGAUACUGAACAUUUGGCUACUUUAAUCAAUGUUCAAAAAAAUUUAAAAGAAAUCACUAUCGGUCAUUCUUAUACAAGUCCCAUUUCUACCUCAAGUCGUGAAGCCGUUCUAUCCGCUUUAAGUCAUUCAAGAUCAAUCACUCUAUUAAAAAUAAAAUAUAUGUAUUUCCCUUUAGCUCAUCUCGCUAAUUUGUGUAAUUUGGAAGAAUUAAGUUUACAAGGUUUCGGUAAACGCGAAGUUAUGAAUGAAAUUUGGGAACCUUUAUUAUCUAUAUCUAUGUUAAAACUUAAAAAAUUAUUCAUUUCAAGUUUAUUUACCAACGCUAAUUUGGAAAUUUUUUCCAAAUUUAUUCAAAAUUCCCCUAAAUUACAAGAAUUAACUAUUCGUAGUAGUAGAAUUUCCGAUCCUGAAAAUUCUAAAUUACUUCUUACUUCUAUUUCUCAAGCUUGUCGAAAUCUUGUUAAAUUUGAGGGCCCAAUAAUGGAUCAAAAUGUUAAAGAACUUUCUCAAUUAUUAUAUUCUUGUCCAAAUCUUUCCUUCCUUUAUCUUCAUCCUUCUACUGAAUAUUAUUUCAUGCAAGAUCAAAUGGACUUUGAUGAUCUUUUAAAAGAAAUUACUCGUAUUCAACCCGCUAGAUUAGAUUUAUUAAAAAUUGCGAGAGGUUGGAAAUUUUCUGGUGAAUUAAUUGGUAGAUUUUUAGAAA